UAAAUAAACUGUGAGCAGCCAUAGAGCAGAACACUCUGAAGAGGAAGAAAGGAAUGAGAAAGUUCUGUAUGUAUUAAUAAUAAAUUAACUCCUAGAUAUAUUAAGUGAAAAAGCAAAAGGCAAAACAAAGUAUGUAGUACACUAUCAUCUGUAAAGAAGAUGCCUGUAAGGUGAGUGUGUUUCUGUGUGUGUGUGUGUUUGCUCAUGUAUGCAUAUGGUGCACAAUAAACUAGGCAUGCUGGUUUCCUCCAGGGAGGAGAACUAGAUGGCUGGGGUCAAGAGAAGAUGAGCAGCUUUUCCAGGACUAUCCUUUUGUACCUUUUGAAUUCUAAAACCAUCUGAAUGUGACCUAAUGAAACAAAAACUUCAAAAGUCCCAAACUGAAAAGGUGAUGAUGUCCUCCCCUUACAAAAUUAAAAAUAAAAACAAUUUUAACACUGAGAAAAACUAUUCUCUAAAAGAAUUAUCUGUAUUUCCUGGCCAAUAACACAAUUGUUAGAAGAAAUGUACAAUGUACCAGGUGACAUGUGGAAGGGGACAACAGAAGGGGGCAAUGACAGGCACUUGUGAAAACAUUCACCUUUUUCUUGAUCACGUCUUGUUCCUCUUCUCAUCCUUGCUUCAUUUCACAAAUAGGGGAAAUGAGUCCAAGUAGGUGAAGUGACUCAUCUGUGCCACCUGGGCUCUUGGUUCCAAUGCUUGCCUUGUUAGAGAGGGGAUUUCCUGACUGCUCCUGCAGCUCUCUUUGCUAGGAUGUGGUAGGAGUUGGGGGAGGAGAGGGUGGCAGAUCCUCUUUCAUUUGGCCUUAAGCGCACCUCCCUCUUUGCCUCUCACCCUGAGCAGGGCUGGCGCCUGAGGCCAGUGAACACCUGUGGAGGUGGCUGUGGGACAGCAUCUUCCCCUGCUGUUUCUCUUCCUUCUUCCCCUUGGCCACCCAAACCCAGGCAGGUGUCCUCCCCAACCCCAGGACACUGUUCUUGGUGUUUCAUAGGCACGUGUCCUCUUUUUCUGAAAUUGACAUUACCCAGUUCAAUAUCACCUACUUUACCAGAGUACUUUGGGCUCUUUCAAAUCAAUUUCUGCUUCGAAGGCUAAAGAUUUGUCAUCAGCUAAGAGGUUCAAAAGUCUGUGGUGUAGGCUCUCCAAAAUUCUGGCAGAGGUCAGGUGACCCUAGCUUUUAUAAAGGAGUCUUUGGCAUUCAUUCAUUCAUUCAUUUAUUGAAGAAAUACGUAUUGGACCUGUUCAUUGCAUGAGGCACUUUCUAGACACAGGGGAUGAAAUGUUGGCCAAAACUGAUAAGGUCUCUGUUCUUAUGAAGCUCACAUUCAUGUGAUGAGAGGCUGACAAUAAUCAAGUAAACAAAUAAAUGAUCAAGGUAACUUCAGAUACUAAUAGAUGAGAGGGCGAUGUGACAGAUAGGGGCAGGGGAGCCACCUUUCGAUUUGUGCUGAAUUCUAUCUGAAGAUGCCUUCACCAAGAGAGAGGUGCUGUCUCCAUGGCCUUUGAGGCCCUCCCCUCCAGUGGUGAGAUUUUAACAAUCUCCCCAUCUGACAGGUUCCCAUGCAGGAAUGAAAGACAGGGAGGAGAAGAGGGGGGCCAGCUCCCUGAGUCCUGUGUCCACCAGCUGCUUCUAAAUACCUCUGAGAAACUCUGCUUCUAGCUAAGGGGACCUACUUCUCUUGGGAAUCUCAAUACUUGGAACCAGAACUUCCUGGAUGGACCCUUUGGCAAAAUGAAUUGGACCAAUUGUAGGUUCCAGUACUGGAGAGCCAGCAAUGCCUCCCUGGACAGUCCCACCCAAUUACUCUGCUCAGAUCUCCAGCACCCUGCCAGUGGCGCUACUGAGAGACGAGGUGCCAGGGUGGUUCCUGAAAGUGCCUGAGCCCCAACUUAUCAGCAAGGAGCUCAUCAUGCUGACAGAAGUCAUGGAGGUCUGGCAUGGCUUAGUGAUUGCGGUGGUGUCCCUCUUCCUGCAGGCCUGCUUCCUCACUGCCAUCAACUACCUGCUCAGCAGGCACAUGGCCCACCAGAGUGAACAGAUACUGAAAGCAGCCAGGCUCCAGGUCCCCAGGCCCAGCCCUGCCCACCGUCAUCCACCUGCUGUCAAAGAGAUGAAGGAGACUCAGACAGAGAGAGACAUCCCAAUUUCUGAUCCCCUUUACAGGCAUGACAGUGACACAUCCUCGGAUAGCUCGGACAGCUCCUGCAGUUUGCCUCCUGCCUGCCAGGCCACCGAGGAUGUGGAUUACACACGAGUCAUCUUUUCGGCCCCUGGAGAACUAAAAAAUGACUCUGCCCUGGACUAUGAGAACAUAAAGGAAAUCAUAGAUUAUGUCAAUGUUAAUCCAGAAAGCCACAAGCCCAAUUUCUGGUAUUUUGUCAACCCUGCUCUGUCUGAGCCAGUGGAAUACGAUCAAGUGGCCAUGUGAAUUCUAAAUAUUUUUAAUGGAGUCCAGUUCUCUACGGAUUCUGACAUUUAAUUUGUAGGGAAAAUGCCAUUUUUCCCCCUUAAACAAGGCAUGGGGCUCACAAGUCUAUGGAGACAGGCCAAAAAGAAUGUGGAGAAGAAAAUUGACAAAUACACAGAGGCCCUCAAGACCCAUGGACUCCUGGUCUGUACCCAAAAAAGGCUGCUCAUUCCUCAAAAACAAAAACAAGGCUUGGGUGGGAAAACAGGCCUAUGCCCCGGCAAGAAAGAUUCCGAGCAGAUGUUAUAGGAAGAACUUUCAGGUAAAGUGUGAGAACCAUGGAGUCCAUCAGCAGAGAUAGUGGUGAAGUCUCUCCCCAGGGAAAAUUUUAAAAAGGUUUAAUCAGCUGUUAUAGAGUUCUAUUUGGCAAUCUCAUGGUUAAAUGACUUCCCUUUGAGCUCUUUAAUUAUUGGCAAUAAACAACUUCUUUAAAAGUUUUAAAUAAAAUAACAACCACUACCAGUUCCUCUUUUCCUGUUGCC